AUGGUGAACCUCGCCAUUGCCGGAGGAACUGGCGGCGUUGGGCGUAGCAUUGUGGAUGCACUCAAAAAUGACCCGAGACACUCCACCAUCAUCCUCUCUCGUACGGAAGCGCCAGAUGAUAAAGCUGGAGUCUCUGUUGUGGCAGUUGAUUACGACGACAGAACGUCCCUGCAGACGACCUUGGAAACCCACGAGAUCCACACCGUGAUAUCAGCUCUAGCCCUCCACAUCAUUGGGGUUGGCCAGGCUCAAAUCAACCUCAUUCAAGCAGCCGACAAGAGCAAUUCAUUCAAUUGCGGGUGGUUCCUCGACUAUUACGCAAUGCCCCAUGUCGAGACAUACAUUCCGCAAACAACCUUUGUUGUUGACAUGGCCAACAGGCAAGCAUCCAUACCUGGAGAUGGAAAACAAAAAAUGACAUUCACCUAUACCAAAGACGUCGCCAAAUUCGUCGUGGAAGCUCUCGACCUAGCCACAUGGGAGCACGACACAUAUCUCAUUGGCGACGAAAUGACCUGGGAAGAAUUCAUUCCAAUUGCCGAAGAGGCUCGUGGAGGGAAGAAGUUCCAUGUCACAUACGAUAGCGUUCAGAAGCUCCAAUCUGGCGAGAUCACGGAGCUGCCAGGCCAGGUUGCUGCAUACUCGUACUUCCCGAAACAGUGGGCUCAACAGCUAUUCUCCACCUUUGGUUUCUGGGUCACUGAAGGUCUCUUCGAUUUCCCAAAGGAUAGGGCCCUGAAUCAUGUAUUCCCACACCUAAAGGUUACUGAAGUGAAGGAAAUGCUUCAGAACUCAUGGGAAGGUCGGUAG